AUGCAAAAUAAAUAUUUUCUGCUGUUUGUGGUAAUUUGCAUCGCCACACACACAGCCGCCUCUUCUCUACAUGCUUUGAAGGAUCGUUCCCAACAGCUACUAGACAGCAUUGGGCUGCGUGUCAAUCACGUCAAUCCACUUCGACCGAUAAGAAAUGGGGUCCCAGACUACACAGAUAUUGAUCGCAGUUUUCGACAAUUGCUGCUCAUAUUUCGUGGAAUCUUCUUAGGCUCGGCCCUGAAUGGUGUUGAGGCGCUCUACAGAAGCAGCAUGCAUGAGGGCAAAUUGCAAGAUCCGAUUCCCAAGCAUGUUCCGUUUCCCUGCCCGCUGAAUAACACACGAUCCACUAGCACCCCGAUCUCUGUGGAACGUCUGCGGCCUGGAGAUAUAGACAUCGUGGCCGCCAUAGGCGACUCCUUGUCUGCUGGCAACGGCAUUAUCUCCCGCAGUGUUAUUGACGUCCUUAACGAGUUUCGGGGUUUUUCGUUUUCUAGCGGAGGUUUAGGCACCUGGCGCACGGCUCUGACGCUGCCCAACAUAUUGAAAGUCUUCAAUCCGAAACUCUAUGGCUAUGCUACGGGCCACAGUCUGGUUGCAAACCAUGAAACUUCGCAUUUUAGCAUUGCAGAGCCCAUGAUAAUGUCGCACGAUCUGUUGUAUCAGGCACGUGUGAUCAUCGAUCUGAUGCAACGCGAUCCACACGUGGAUAUGAAACGACACUGGAAGCUGCUCACCGUGUUUGUGGGUAACAACGACCUCUGCUCUGACAUCUGUCACUGGGAUGAUCCGCAGAAGUUGAUCGAUCGCCAUGCACAAGAUCUGCGCCAAGCUUUUCGCCUGCUACGGGACAAUGUGCCGCGGCUGCUCAUCAAUUUGGUGGCAGUGCCCAAUAUUUUGCUCGCCGUGAGGCACAUAAAAGUAGUGCCCAUCCAAUGUUUUUUAGUGUAUCGUGUUGCAUGCAAUUGCCUAUUGAGCGAUCGGCUGACUGCUGCAGACAUGAAGCAGAGAUAUAACAUUAUUCGGCGCUGGCAACAGGUGGAUCUGGAGGUAGCACGUUUGGCUGAGUUUCAUCGAAUGGAUUUUGCAAUUAUAGCUCAUCCUGGGAUUACAAAUCUGACCACGCCCUUGCUGCCAAAUGGCAAUACGGAUUGGCGCUAUUUCUCCCAUGACUGCUUCCACUUCAGCCAGCGCUCACACGCAGCAGGUGCGAAUCUGUUGUGGAACAGCAUGUUCCUGCCGGACGAACAGAAACCGCGACCCAUCAAACUGCCAGAGCCUUUCGAAAGAUUCAUGUGUCCCAGCAAUGAGCAGCCUUUCUUUGUGGUGCGACCCAGCUGAUAGCGCUGAGAUUCGAAAAGAAUAUAAUUAGGAUAUUAUAUUUUUGAUCUGCUAAAUUAUUAUUGUAAAUAGUCUAUGAAUUUCAUGAAUA